AUGCCAGACGACGAUGCCGUUCCAGAUACCAAGUCCGACAUCACAGCCGUUGCUCUAAAACUACCGCAAUUCUGGCACACUGAUCCGCAAAUAUGCUCUCUCAAAGCCAAAGUAAGUGUUGCAAACUGGGUAGAUGCUCUGCCCUUAAUCCUGCUGGGACUGAGAAGUGCUUUUAAAGAUGACCUCCAAGCUUGCACAUCUGAACUAGUGUAUGGAACUAACUUGUGUUUACCUGGAGAAUUAUUCAACUCCGACGCAAAUGAUUCAGAUGUACCGACUUCACAGUUUGUCAGCAAACUCAAGAGCUGCAUGCAGUCACGCAAAGCAACGCCUACCAAACAUCGCUCUCGUCCAACCUACAUUCACAAAGCAUUGGAUACAUGCACACAUGUCUUUGUUAGGCAGGACCAUGUAYGAAAGCCACUGGAGCAACCUUACAGGGGUCCGUACAAGAUACUGCAGCGUUACCCCAAGUGUUUCAAGCUUGAUCUUGACGAACGUCAAGACACAGUUUCCUUAGAUUGUCUCAAACCAGCAUUUAUUGAGAAUCCCGCUGACAGUGAAGUGCAAAGCAACCAAGAGACUUCCGGAAAGUCUGUAAAGCAAACCGCAGCAAAACCAAAGCCACMGCAAGUAGCCAAGGAUCUUCAAUCCACUCCAGUACCUUACCAAACARGAAGUGGGAGAUCAAUCAAGGCACCAGAACGUUACAAGUUGUAA